AUGUCCCAGGCCGGUGGCAGCCCCCGUGCAGAGGACGUGGGGCUGCUUGUGGGGGCACAGACGCAGCCCCUGAGCCGGGGCAGCCAGCGCCCCGAGUGCAUCAUCUGCUACUCGUCCUACGACCUGAGCAGCCGGCUGCCACGCCGCCUCUACUGCGGCCAUACCUUCUGCCAAGCCUGCCUGAAGCGCCUGGACGCCGUGGCCAACGAGCAGCGCUGGAUCCCCUGCCCGCAGUGCCGCCAAAACACGCCAACACCGCGCGCCGGCGUCGCCAUGCUCGACCUCGACCUGCCGACCUUCCUGGUGGUCAAGGCUGACAGGGAGCAGCGUCCCCGGCUGCCCGGCGGCUCUCAGCCCGAGCCGGGCACCAAGGGCUGCUGCAAGGAGCAGGCUGUGACCCAGCAGCCGGCCGGGCUGUGCCAAGACUCGGUGCCUCCGGCGUCGUUCCCCCGGCGCGGCUGCUGCCGGCCCUGCCUGUGCUGCGGGGUCACGGCGGCCUUCGAGAGCUGA